AUGAGUGGACUACCGAUUAUUCUGGUGUUGCUUGCGAUUCUCAUUCACAACUCAUGUGAAAACAAUCAAUUUUACCCAAACGGACGGUACGGUAAGAGGUCGUCCUCAUCGAAACCGGGAAAUGGAUUCAGAGGGAAUCAGAUUCCGGUCGCGAGCGAUGAGAUAUUAUUCAAUGAAUUCAAUAUCAAACUACUGUGCAGUCAUACCGGCGCUGAUUUGUACUACAAAUGCGUUCAUACGAAUAGGAGGCGCGAGAUAUGA